CUGGGCUACGCCUUCCCCUUCUCCCGCAGCCUCCUCGGGUUGCUCGACGUCUCAGUGGAAGUGAACAUCACCGCAAUUGUCCGGCUGACGAUGGAUGGCACCGGCUACCCCAAACUGGUGAUCGAUCACUGUGACGGCCUCCUGGGUGGUGUGAAAAUCAGGCUGCUCAGAGGCCUGCUCCCAAUUGUGGAUAAUUUAUUGGCCCGUGUUCUUAACAGACUUCUUCCAGAACUGCUUUGCCCUGUCAUCGACGUGGUCCUGGGCCUUGUGAAUGAAGAGCUGGGACUCGUCAACUCUCUGGUCCCUCUGGGUAUCUUGGGAAGUAUCCAGUACACAGUUUCCAGCCUCCCGCUGGUCACGGGACAUUUCUUGGAAAUCGAUUUAAAUACCAUAGUGGGGCAGUUGGCUAGCCCCCUCAUUGACUACCCACUGGGAAAACCAGAAGCUGUGCCCUUGCCACCGAGAAGGCCAGCUCCUCCAAGGGGGCCAGCUCCGCCAAGGGGGCCAGCUCCUCCGAUGCCCCCGAUGCCUCCCAUGGCUGAUACAUCCAAUUCCCAGCUGGGGCUCUCGGUGAACUUCCUCAGCUCGGUGAUGGCUGUCCUGCAGAAACAGGGGGCUCUAGACAUAGACAUCUCUGAUGGCAUGUUCCCUGAACUUCCUCCCUUGACAACUUCAACCCUCGGGGCUUUGAUUCCAGCGGUGUUCCAGAUGUUCCCAGAGCCACGGGCUCUCGUUCUCAAGGUGGCCGUUCCCGAUGUCCCCACGGUGAAGCUGCAGAAAGAUAAGGGCCUCAUUCAUCUCAAGGCGACCGCCGAAGUGUUGGCAUCCAAGCCGAAUGACGCUUACCAGUCCCUCUGUACUCUAAACAUUGACACUUCUUUGCUGGCCAAGUUUUCUGUCGAAGACAACAAAUUGAAGAUCAACGUCAAGCUGGACAAAGCUCACAUUACCUUGGGGUCUUCGUCCAUUGGGAAAAUUGAUGUUUCGCUCCUGGAAGGACUGGUCGGCAGGAUAUUUGAUGUCGCGUUCCUUCCAGCGAUGAACAGUGUGUUAGGAGGGGGCGUCCCUCUCCCCAAACUACUGGACAUCGACUUCAAUAAUGCUGACAUCGAUGUCAUUGAAGACCUGCUCGUGUUGUCUGCAUGAGGUGAGCUGAGGUGCCAAAAAAGCCGGAUGGAAAGGUCUGUUCCCGAGAGGGGUGGAGCGUCGCUCUUCCUCCUUACCCAAUCGGUUUCCACGAGGCUUUGAUCAUCCCGCCCACGCAGCCCUGCUUCCCAGGACAGGUGGUUUCAAAGCUGUGUUUGCCUUCGUACAGGAAGGAUCCCCGUUCGGUUUCUGUGUGCAGCUCCGCCAUGUUUGAGCGUCUGCGCACCUCCGUGUAUAUUUUGUGCAUCUCUCUUUACUGACUUUCAAUAAAAGUUUCUGCUUCGGA